UCAAAGGAUACGAGCGCCAAGCAACCUUCAACCUUAUGCGACUUAUCGCAGUAAACAACUUUGGGAAAGAAGGACCCCUCCUUUCAAUCUCCAUCGUUAAACACACACAAUAAACUCAAAGCCUAUCACCACGAGAUGAAAAUUGAGAACAAAUAAAUGACCGCCUACUUGAGCAUAUAUUCCCCAGCUUCCUUCCUUGCCCAUUCCCAACCGAACACCGCAAUCAUGAGCUCUCUAGGCUCAUCGCCUCAAGGUGUAUCAUCUCUGGGUACCUCAGCUCGAAGUAAAGGAAAACGCGUCUCCUUCUCUUCAACUACGUCGAUCCGCGAAAUCCCAGACGAAUCAGCCCCUGGCUCUUCAACUCAAGAUGAAGCAUCUCAAGUUACAUCAACCCAAGGUCCAGCAACACAAGUCAUCUCCGCGCAAUCUCCCCCACCAAAGAGCUACAGGCCAACUCCUCCCUCGUCACUUACAGAAGAACACCUUCAAAGCGCCCAAGAAGACGACUCUUCCUCACUCGUCAACGAGAAUCGUCGGAACCGGUCAGCAGCCAUAGAUGUGACCGGAACUCGCGACCCUGCAGUCAAUCUCCCAAAUGUUGAGGCACCGUCAAAUGCAACAGAUCCGUCCGAUGCAGCAGAGCCGCCAAACGCAGCGGAAUCGCCGAAUGCAGCAAGUCAGUCAAAAGCACCGAUAGCUCCCCCUCCAGUUCCUCCGAAUUCUCAGACCUCAACAACACCACCUUCUCGACCCACCUCUCGUCCAAAACCUCUCAUUUCCACCCCAACCAGUUCCGCAAUUGCAUGUCCCCAAUGCCACACCACCCUCCGCAUAACUCUCAGGAUCUCAACCCAACAGUUUCACUCCAAUCCUCACAAUCAUCCUUCAAUCGCAGGAGGAAGUGAAACUGUGCCAUCGAAUUCAAACGAGGAGACACAGACAGAGAGACGAACAUACAGAAUACUACCGAAACCCGCGUCUUUCGCCGGUUGUCAACAAUGCUGGGAGAUGCUGCAUAAUCCGGCGGUUCCUGCUGAGCCAGCUGCUGUUAAGGAGCUCGGAUGUUGUAGUGUUUGGGGAGCGAAGUUGGAGCGGAAGUUGGGUCGGGCUUUUGGUGUCGUCUUGGGGGAAUGUAUCAAGGAAUGCAGAUUCGGGUCGAGGAUAUGUUCAUGCUGUGAUUGGGUUGAGAAGAUUGGAUGGGUUAAGGAGUGGCGUAGGAAGAAGAAUAUCGGGAAAGGAAAGAGAGCUGCCAGGAGUGAUAGCGAUAGGGGUGAUGAGGAUGGGGGUAGGAGUACUCAAGCAACUUUUGUUGGGAAUAGGGAGGGAGACGGAAACGGAGACGGAGAGGGCGGAGAUGGGAAUGAGCAGAGAGGAAGUGGGAGUGGAAAUGGGGGCGGUGAGGAGAGGGACGAAACUGGCGGCGAGGGCGCGAGUGCUGUGGGACAGAGCGAAACAAGGGAGAGUGUGACGAAUCGACAGAUUGGUGAACAAAAUGAUGAGGUACACCAGGAGACGGAGUGUGAUCGCUACCAGGCAGAGCAGGCAAAGAAGAGUUGGUGGGAACAUUUAGCUGGUUCUGUUAGAGGCUCCAAGAGGUAAUAUCGAGAUUGCAGAGGUGUUAAUUGAUAAACUGGCCGGAAUUUUUUGCGAUGUUGAGAUGCAGGGGCUCUGGAUAGGACUCGAUAGAUUGGAAGGAGCGAUGCUUGACUUUGAUAGUUUCACACAGAGAGGAAAUUUGAUUCCGUUUGGACAAGCGAGACUUCCAUCCGAAUCAAUGUGCACCUGUCCAACCCUCAGCUCCUCUUUGCUUUCAUCUAGUAAACACUUCACCUAUCAAUAAGCAUCUUGCUGUCAAGCGACACCAGGAAAAUUGUAUGUCAAAGUGGUUCUUUGAUCAGCGAGAAGCACCCAUUCGCGAAAAUGACAUGACACCACCGAUUAGCGUUACACUGCGUGGGGUCAAAAGGAAGAAGGCUCCGCAAGCUUCU